AUGGCUACGGCACAGUUACUUCUCAGUCCAAAGAGGUGUACGGCAGGGGACCCACUGUCACCAGCCCUCUUUAUCUUGGUACUGGAAACCCUGCUCAUCAGUAUACGGGGUAACAGAAAUACUGCUGGCAUCACCAUAGCAGGAAAGGAGGUCAAAGAAUCUGCAUUCGCGGAUGACAUGACAUGUUUUCUAUCCAAUAGUGAAUCAGUUGACAAUUUAAUGCAGGUGUUGAAAAAGUUCCAUGAAUGUAGGGGGUUAAAAAUUAACAGGGAUAAAACUGAGGCAGUCUGGUUGGGAAAAUGGAAAAACAAAAAUGAGGAAAAGUUUGGGGUCAAAUGGCCCACCUCGCCUAUCAAAAUUGUGGGAGUACACUUUUCGUAUGACAAAGAAGAAAUGCAAAAGAUAAACAUUGAAAAACCAUUAAAUAAUUUGAGGAAAGUUUUAAAUCAGUGGAAAAGCAGAAAACUGUCAAUAUUUGGAAAAACUCAAAUUAUCAAAACGUUUGGAUUAUCCCAGUUUACUUAUAUUCUGGCAAAUACGUAUGUUAAAAAUAGUGUCUUAAAAGAGGUGCACAAAAUAGUAUAUAAUUUCAUAUGGGAAGGAGUUGAUCGUAUUGCAAGGAAAACCAUGAUAGACGGGGUGGGCAAAGGGGGUAUAGGAAUGGUAGACUUGUAUGUAACAAAGAAAAUACAAAGAAUAUUAUGGCUAAAACAUACAAUAAGCAAGGAGACAGAUCACCCUUGGAAAUAUUUUGUGAAAGAAAAAUUAAACAAACUAGGGGGAGAUAUGUUAUUAAAAUGUAACUAUUCCACCAGACUGCUUCCAGUGAAAUUUUCGGCAUUCAUGACAGAUUGUUUUGAUACAUGGGCAGAAAACAAAGGUAUGCAAGACAACAUGGAUCAGGUUCUCUGGAACAACAAAUUAAUUUUGAUAGGCGGAAAAUCAAUAUUUUACCAAAACAUGUAUGAUUCAGGAAUUAGAUUUAUCUCGGAUUUGUAUAUUGAUGGUAUACUGAAACCAUGGAAUGAAUACAAAGAGAAGGGCCUAUCGCUUAUUGAUAAACUAAAAUGGAUUGGAAUAUGCAAUACUGUUCCGGAGGAACUGAAACAUUGUAAAGUACUAGAAAAUAGGGAAACAACUAUCGUUAUAAAAAACAAGCAAAUUUUGUUGGAAGACUUGACCAAAAAUAUGCUUAAAACAGAAUUCAUCAGCAAAAUUUUUGUGAAACCAAUAAGUGAAUGUUCUUUAGAGAGAAAACUUAAUCUGGAAAUUGAAUGGAAGAAAAUGUAUAAAAUGAUUACAAGGUUAUCAAUUGACACAAAAUCCAGAGAAUUUCAUUUCAAGUUAUUACAUAACAUACUGUAUACAAAUGACCAUUUACACAAAGUAAAUCCAGAACGCUUCCCUGAAUACCAAUGUACUUUCUGUAACGAAUAUAGUGAAACAUAUGAACACCUUUUUAUGACAUGUAAAUUUACUGAAUCCCUCUGGCAUGAUGUUAUCAAGGAACUGGGAAGACCACUGAAAAUUACAGAAGUACCUGGUAAACUUUGUGUGAUACUCGGGGACCCGGAGUACGAUUGGCCGGUGAACUUUGUUUGCUCACUGAUCAGAAACCACAUAUACUACUCAAAAUGGAAAAAACAGAAACCUAACUAUGCAAAUUUUAUUAAUUUACUUAAACAUCAUUUUCAAAUUGAGAGUGCGAUCGCCAAACAAAAAGAGAAAGAAACGUCACACAAAAAGAAGUGGUCUUCCCUGAUACCAUAUUUAAAGUAA